CCGAGACCGCUUCACAGAUUACUCGCGAGUAAAGCGUGCAGAGGCGCCAUCAUGUUCGGAGACACCUUGAAUCGCGACGAGUGCGAAGCGAUUGUUCGCGCUUUGCGUCUGACCCAAAUGCCGUUCGCCUGCGCGCACGGCCGACCGACCUGCGCGCCCUUGGCGCGCGUGCCCAAUCGAGCAACCCUCGAG